CUAGAAUAAAAAAAAGAAGUAAUUUCAAAUCAAAAAACGUUCAACGCUUAGCAAACAUCCUGUCAAUAACAUAUAGCUUGCUAGAACCUCCAACUCCGGAGAACAUUCUCCACUUUUAUUCCAUUUUAAUGAUUUUUAUGUAAGUUUUAACUACUAGUUGAUAAUCACUGAUAAAUUGCUAAUAAACUUGAAAAAUAUAAAUAGUUCACUAUCUGACUAUAAUAAACUUGUUUCGUCUAUUUUUAGUCAUCCAUAGUCACCUUGUAUCAUAUAAUGAUUGUUAAUCAAUGGUAUGUAUUUGUUAAUGGUUUUCGUGAUUCAACAAAUUCCAGAUGGUCAGAAUUAUAUUUUAUAUUCUGGUAUAUAUUUGUAACCACGAUUGGACUAAAUAUUUGUUUGGCAUUAAGUGCUGAUAUUCAUGAUGCAAAAAAACAACGAGCAGAUGCAAAUCAAGAAUUGAUUGUAUCAAAUAUGUUCGAUAUUUAUCGAUCACAAUUAAAUGAACCAUCUCCUGAUGAAAUUACUCGUCGUCUUGAACAACAUCCAUACAUUAAAUUUUAUUCAAAUGAAAUAAUUAUACCAGAUUAA